AUGGCAGUGCAACGUUGGAUUAACGACAACUUGCGCGACUUCGAGCCGGCCCAGGAAGCGCCGCCUGGUAUGGACGACUCGCUGCUGCCUUUGAUUUCAGAGCCAGCGAAUAUAGUGGAAGCAGAGGCAGAUGGUCUUACCUCUGCUGGCCAGAACGAACAGGCAGAUGGUUUUACAUCUGUUGCCCAGAACGGACAGGGCCAGAAUGAUAGACCGCCCAAAUUGAGAAGGCUGGUCGCGUUUUGUAUAAGCCCAGAGAAAGCAGAGCAGCAACGCAUCCGCGACUUGGAGCAAGAGCUGCUCGAGUGGAAAAAACGCAAGGCCGAGCUGCGUCUGCAGCUCAUGGCUGAACGUUUGCUAUUGUCGCACUAUGAGGCCAAAAUGGAACUUUGGGUCGUGUGGGAAGUCCUUCGUGGUCUUACCCCUGGCACCGCCACUUCAAGCCGGAAGACUGAGUGGUCCAGCAAGUUUCCACCUGGUCAGUUCGUCGCGGCGCUGGUCCCGCUGGCAAUGAGCAGCUACAGAGACCGGUCAUACAGCCCCAUUGCGACGUACAUCCAGGAGGAGCUUCUCUGCCACAUCGCCAUGAAGGCGACCUCGCGGGACCGCUUUGGCCGCAAGAGAGCCCGCUUGGUCAUAAAGGGCCUUCAAGCUGAGGUCGCAUGGCGGCAUUUUGUGCGGGAGACCAACAAGCUGGCAAAGCAAGGUCUGCUGGCAGAUCUGGAAGAUGACAAGGUGGCCUGGCACAGCUGCCCGCCAGCCCAGCGGGUCCUGGAGGAGGAGGACGACGCUGCCGCAGAGGAGGAGGCUGAGGAGGAAGAAGGCAAGGACGACGAUUCCGUGGACUGGGGCGGUUCGGAGGAGUCACUGUCUGAGGCAGGAGGGCAUGCUGAGCCCGAUGAUGUAGAGCAGGAUGAGGCGUCUGAUGGUCUUACCUCAGACGAAGAAGCGCAAGAGGAUGCUGCGAAAGAGGAUGCUGCGACUACGGCGCCUGCUCCGCCCAAGACAAGAUGGGAACGACUGAGAGACUUGGCCUUCAGUCAAAUUGAGGCAGCCAGAGACGAGAAUGGUCUCAGCCAAGAGGCUGUCAACCUGGUGCGGAGCGUUCCCAUGGCGGAGCCACUGCCCAGGGUGGCCCUGAACUUGAGGAUUUCUUGCUGCGUCGCCUGCUUCGCCCGUGGAUGGCAGCUCAGGAAAGCGCUGCCAGCAAAUAUUCUGCUCCAGCGAAGCCACAGGCAGAAUGUGCGUUUCUGCAUUUCUUUGUAUGAUGAUGCCGGCAACGAUGGGAAGGAGACAAGAGAUUUCAUCGAAGAAAAUUUCCAGGAAGAGCUGGCAAGCGGGUUCUUGGUGGUCCGCUUCACCAGCGAUUUGAAGCAUUUUCAUUCCUCCGUUUGCAAGAACGCAGCUCACAAGCUGGCAUUGUUGGUGCCUUGGGGCCAAGGCUUUGUGUCCUCGGAUGGUCUUACCUCCUGGGACACGGACUGGACAAGGAAGCCGAAGACCUGGGCCGACGUGGCGCCAGCGACAGCUGGCGGCACGGACACACGCAGGCACAUUUUGGUUAACGUGGACGCCGAUAACCUUUUGUCUGGCAAUUUUGUUGGCCUCGUUGCCAACAACAACCAAGUGCACGCUGGCAUUACGAGUGAGCCGGCGCAGAUUUUUGCUUUCCGCUGCGUGGCAGGAGGAGACAGUGGCUGCACAGGCCGCAUAGGCGUGACACAGGAAACCUUCCUGCAACUCAACGGCUACGACGAGUCGUUCUACCCGACCGGCUACCAGGACAUUGACUUCUUUGAGCGGGCGAAGCACAAGGCGCCGGGCUGGGCCUAUCGACUCUCCUUCUUUUGCGGGUGGUCGAUCCCAAACGACAGAGACGAAAAAGUUGCCCAAUCCACUGCAAAGAGCCAGCACGCGGGCUGCCUUCUCGCGUGGUCGAUGCAAAAUCAAAAAAACAGGGACGUCAGCAAACAGCAGCUUCUUGAGGGGCGGUGGUUCCGGAAUACGGACACGAUUCCUCAACCUAGCAAAGCGCUGCUGUUGCUGAAAGAUUUGGGUGGCCCCGACUUCUCCAGCUGCUCCUUGCUGGCUGCUGGAAGGAUCAGGGAUGGUCUUACCUCCCAGAUCAAAAAGGAAUUUACCUCCGAAGUCUCUUCGAGUUCGGGAUUGACAGGCGAGAACCCUGCCAAGACAAGGGAGGUCGAUGAGGCGAUGGCAAUGGAGGUCGACCAGGUGCCGGAGCCCGUCCAAGCCAGGAAGGAGGAGGUCGAUGCGCCGAUGGAGUCCGCAGACGAGCCGGCUACAGCGAAGCCACGUGGAGCGGACGGGCCUACGGCUGGGAUGGUCUUACCUCCCAACCGGAACCGCGUCUACGUGGACAUUGUGACAUGUGGGGCGGCUAACCUGCAGUUCACCUUGGGCCCGGCCAGCGGCAGGAACCGCCUGCCAAAAGCCCUUUUUCAAAAAUGCAAAGCAAUGAGGCUGAGGGCAACUUCCCAAGGAGAGCGGACGCUGGACCAGAACCUACUUAUUGAGAUGUUGCGCGAGGUGGACCUUUUCCCGCGCAACAGCACGGAGCAGGUUGCGUUGGACACUCGGGUCUUCCACGACCCUUUCAGUUCAAACACCCUGCGGGACCACGUAGGCUACCACCCCGAGAUCAUACGCAUGGUGGCGGAAUCGAAGCCGUCCUGGUUCCACUUUUUUGUCCGCUUUGUGCGACGCGCGGUCCGUCUCGCGUCAGAAGCCGACGUCCCCGCGGGUCAGCGCAGGUCGGUCGCUGUCCUCUGCUUCUGUAAGAGCGGCAACCACCGCUCCGUGGCCAUGGCGUUUCUCCUCCAGCACGCCUUACAGCACUCCAGCCUCAUAGAGGCAGUUCAAUGUGCUCACGUGACCGAGAUGGCAGGGAACUGGGCAGACCGCCAGUGCGGACCCUGCGACAUUUGCCGUGGGCAACCAGACCAGGCCAACACGGCUCAUGAUGAUAUGCUGCGCCAGGCGAAACAUCGCGCCAGGAGUGCCUGGAAGCAUGCAGUCCAAAGCGCGUGA